CUCUCUCUCUCUCUCUCUAUCUUCUUCUUCUCCACACGGACACAUACCUCGAAAGAGUGUGAAUGGCGAGGAUCGGUGUACGAGUUCUUGAAGCGGUGCUGACUCGCCGGUAAUCGGAUCACUCCAGAUUGUUCAGGUCGAUCCGGCGUCAUGCUACUCCACUUCAUCUCUUGAUGUACUCGUCAUGAUCUGAGAGCGUGACGUUGAAAUAGAACGACUAGUCGCGCUCAACGAACUGGAGGCCGAUGAAGGCGUGCUUGCCGGUGCCGUCCUCGAUCUUAAGGACGAAGAAGCGCGACGAGUCGAGCACGGUCUCGACGGAGGUCGUUGGAGUUUGGAUCCUCUGGUCGGAUCUCGCGCUGGUCCUUGCAAGACACUACCCGGAGCUGACUCAUCCAGAUCUUGUCGGACUUGAGCCACUCGCCGCAAUUGUACCUGCCGGUUGUCGACCGCGGCGGGGUUUUGUACACGGCGACCUCGCGCACCAGCAGCAGCUUCAGAAUCCUCGUCGCUGUUGUCAUCCAUCUCCCUCGUCACUUUGCCUCAGACCUAUGAGACUAAAUUCCUCGAGAGCCGGUAGGAUUAUGCACAUUGGGAAUGUGAAGAAGGCAACUGGUAUGCCUGUUAGUUCCAAUUUUCAGACGAUGGAGUAUUUAAUUGUCCUCAUGGCUUUGUGUAACAAGAAAGAAUGUCAUGUAAGAAUGUCAUGUUGA